AAAAGGUAAGGAUCAGACCGGAGCGAAGCCGGAAGAGAGGAAGGCGAGCGACCGAGCGACGAUGUCCAUGGCGGUGCCGAGCACGCUCCGCGCCCUGGCCCCUCCGGCUCUGCACCCGUGCCCUCUGGGGACGAGCGGGUCCGCGCGCCCGUCGCCGGCGCACCGGGCGGCGCGGGGGAUGAUGACGACGGUGGCCCGGCGGAGGGGCGUGGCGGUUGCGGCGGCGGCGGUGGCGGCGGACGCGGGGUGGCUGGAGCGGCUGCCGGAGAAGGAGAAGCCGCUGUACGCGCACAGCCUGCCGUGCAUCGAGGCGUGGCUGCGCAGCGUCGAGUUCGCGCAGUCCCGCGAGGACCGCGCCGUGUGGGUCGCCGAGACGCCGCUCUGGCACGCCCGCCUCAGCCUCGACGCCACCGACCUCCACAUCAGAUACCUGAAGAGCGGCCCGGGGAACCUGGAGAAGGACAUGGAGAGGAGGUUCAGCUACGCCCUGAGCAGACAAGACAUCGAGAACGCCAUCCUCGGCGGACCCUGAUAAUCAAUCCCCAUCCAUCCACCACUAUGGCUCGAUCGAAACCAGGACCCUUUGUCUCUCUAAGCACGACCAGCCCCAUGCAAGAUCCCUUGUUCAAGUGUGAUUGUAAUGUCAGAAUUCAGCUCUGCAAUACUAAUUUCAACAUGGUUAAUCUACACAAGCGAGAUAGGAUUCAGUGCCAGUGUCGCCUCUGUUUUCAGGCAGACCUGUACAGACAUUUUCUCUGGAUUGAUCUUCUGAAAACACAUUUUCUCUGGAUUUCUGUUGAUGACA